AUGUCGUCAUAUCCAAAAGGUGUUAGAGCUCAACCUCCUCAAGCUCCAUCAGAUUACGCGUCUACCGGCGCAACCACUGGUGGUGCCGCACCAUCAGUUCCUGUUAAGGACCCAACAACUGAUCUAUUGCUUUGGAAAAAUCCAAUUGAAACCGGUAAAUAUUUUGGUCUGUCCUUAUUGACUUUGUUGAUUUUGAAAAAAGUUAACUUGAUCACUUUCUUUUUGAGAGUUUUAUACACUGUGAUCUUUACUACCGGGGGUAUUGAAUUUGUCUCAAAGGUCGUCCUUGGUCAAGGUCUCGUCUCCAAAUACAGUCUGAAAGAAUGUCCAAACGUUGUUGGCUGUCUAAGACCACGUAUUGAAGAACUGUUGAGACACUUGCCAACUUACCAAGCAAAAUUGAGAACUUUGGUGUUCGCCGACGAACCAAAACAAAACAUGAAGGCAGGUUUGGUUCUUUACUUCUUGCACAAAUUUUUCUCCUGGUUUUCAGUCUGGACUAUUGUCUUCCUAGGGGUUAUCUCUGCCUUUACCUUACCCCUAGUCUACCACACCCACCAAGAAGAGAUCGACGCAGCUGUUAACCACGCGUUGAAGAUCGCCAGAGCUAAGAGUGCUGAAUUCUCAAAGAUUGCAUCUGAAAAAUCUAGACCAUACUUGGAAAAAUUGGAUUGCAAAUUGGGUCCAGUCUCUAAAUUCGUCAAGACUCAAUACGCUAACUACAACCGUGCUAGUGCUGCCCCAAAAACUACUUCCUCUGCUGCCCCACAAGCAACUACUGCUGGUCUAGCUGCUAAGGUUCCAUUUGAACAUAGUGCUGCUCCUACUGGUUCUGAAGAACAAGGUGCUUAUGUCAGUGGUCACGCUCCAUCUGCUACUACCGCUGCUUCUCGUGGUGUUCCAUCUUCUCGUUCUGCCGCUGCUGGUGCUGCCGGUACUGCCGGUGCUGCCACUCAUGAGGCUCACCCUUCUGAAGCUUUCUCCCAGAAACAAACUUCUAGCCCCUUGCAAGCUACUGCUCAAACUUUCUCAUCUCACAUCCCAACUGAAACUCCAACCGCUGGCUCUACCGGUAUCAGUCACCACCAUUUGAGUGAUUUGAACGAUGAAUACAACAGUCACUUUGGUCACGAUUUCUCCGUCCAUGACGUUGAAGAUGCCGCAAACAAGGCUUCCGAUAAGACUGGUCACAAAUUCCCACAGGUUCCAUCUUCUAACCCAUUGUCUAGUGAAGCUAAUCACGACUUUUCUGUCGACCAAUUGCAAAAUGAAUUGAGACAAAACAAGGAUUCUCUAACCCAAGAGUUGAACUUCAACAAACACUAA